AUGACGUCUAGGCAUGGCUCCCAGUGGUAUAACUAUUGUGGUUUUGUGGAUUUGGAAGCCUUCAAGGACAAUGAUUGCGUGUCUGACGAAGGAGAAGAGGCAGAUGAUAUUGAUGAUUUUAUCGAUGACUCCAAUGAUACCACCCAGUCUUCAAUAGCGACUUUCAGUCAUGGAAGUGAAGAUCCUACCGCGGAAGAACUAGAGGACCUUGUGUCAGCCGUAAUGGAACGUGCUAGGAAAUGUCGGCGCAUUGACACCGACUUGAAUGCACGUAAUACCGACCCUGUGGAUGGUCCUUGGGUGGUACGCUCCCGUGGUCAGCUCUGGAGAGUUCACGUGAAGAAACAUACAGAAGACCAUCUGGUAUCUCGCCUCAGACAUUACAAUACACCCGAACAUUGUCUCAUAGCAGCCUUUUGCCUGGCCCUCAUCCCUCAAUGGGUGUAUUUGGAUUGUCAAUAUGUUAAUCCUGCACUCAGAUCGCUACUUUCUUCUUCGUUUAGCGUCGUCACCACCAACGGCUGUCCCAUUCUGGAACAAAUCUCGGAUGGGGAAGAGUCCUCCAUUCAGACGAUGCAACAGGGCAAGCCUGACCCUCAACAAGGCGACUGGGUUGUAGUCACGAGAGGCCCAUAUCGCAACGACGUGGGUUGUGUGCGUGAAAUCUAUGAUUGGGGUGCAGAAGUCCUCGUCGUUCCCUGUUUCUAUGCCCACGAGCACCGACACGUACCCCAGAAAGACAAAAGAAAGAACAGCUCACUAUCUCUAUGGGAUUCCACCCGAACGCUAGACCGGCUGGGAACAACACGGCAAAUACGCCUGGAAACGUCCCGGAAACGUCCAGAUAGUGAAUACGACCAUGGUUUACUGAUCCUAGAAUGCGAAAUUCACUCUCUUGUGCCUGCAACUACGAUAUCCGUUUCAACUCUGGCUUUAUUUAUGCAAAGCCAGCAUGUCAUUAUCCUGCAGGCGGAAUCCCGAGUGCCUUGUCCCAUGGAAUGGCAUUUCCAGGUUGGAGACGUUGUGGAGCUACCCGGCCCGCCAUACGAUAGGUCAGGUGUGGUGUGCAGUGUCAACACAGUCGGCGUGGCGGUCGAUCUAGACAAUGGCGCCGGCAUACACCAAUUUCCCUUCUGCUGCCUGGUCAAAAGAAUACUUGUUGGUGAUUUCAUCGUCUGCUUGGAAUCGGGUCGCAAAGGAAUAGUACAAGCGGUGGAGAAUUUUCAUAUAGCGGCGCUGACCAAAGGGCCUGACGGGGAGAUUGAGGAGUUCCAGCGCCCCAGAAAUUUGGUUUCGCGUCAAUCUCAACACACUCAAGAUUAUAGUGACUAUGUUCUCAAGCCGACAGCUGCACCGAAUGCUAGCUGUAUUGGGCAGCAUAUUGUUAUUGCGGGUUAUGGCCUGGUGCUCGGGGGCAAAGGGGGGUUGGUGAUAGAUGUCAUCAUCGAGGAAGGACUUACAAUGGUCAUGGUCACAUUAGACGAUGAGCCUGACUUUCCUCGAAUGUUUCUUCCUGGAGAGCUUACAAUAGAGGGACAGGGUGAACAGCUUGAUAUCGGGGAAACAUCGAAAGCCCUUGAACAGAUCAAAGAUCCCAUCAAAACCACCAGCGAGACUCCUUGGAUUGGGAUACAGGUCGCUGUCUUCCAAACAGGGCAUCCACUCAGAAACAAGAUCGGCACAGUCAGGGAUGUGAUUUGCGGCCAAGAUAGCGACAGCGGACUGCGUCUCAUCAUCGUGCUAGAGACGUAUGACCCUGCAAUAACAAAUAAAGAGUAUACAGUGGACUACGAACAUGUUCUGCAGGUCGAGACCAAGCUCCCCUUGAGAUUGCAUCAGCCGCUUAUGCGUUCGCAGAUGGCUUUUCUUCCUCGACAGUCUUUCCUGCAAUCUGGCUCCGAAGAACGCAUGGCUCGCUUGGGCCAAACCCAGCCGGGCCAUUUCAUCAGAUACAGGGCUGCGACACCGCCCUCCCACCUUGAUCCGGCCUGGGAUCCCCGUUCCAAGACACCCCCUCUCCCUGGACAAAGCUCAUCUGUCUCCGGAUCUCGAUUUCAUCUGGGCUAUGAACACCACGUCAAUGGCAAAGCGAAAACUCUUGUCUUUCAUCAGGGCGGGAACAGUUCACAAGUGGAAUGCUACAUCCGUAAAGGCAAGAAAAAAAUAGAAGCAGUCUCUGCUGAGCUCGUAGAAGCCAUGCAUCCCGCCACUCCUCGCAAUUACGAAUGUUGGAUUGUGAUCAAAGGUCGGCACACUGGCAAAUAUGUCCGCUCCAUUCGCUAUGAGAAAGGGGCAACACCGAAAAUGCCGACUUGGUGGACAGUAGCCGUAGUCACUCCUGCGGAGGGCCAGGUAGAUGAGCAGACAGGAGAGGAACUGCACCUAGAAUCCACGGAUCUAUGCCUGGAGGAAGAAAGCGAGUCUUCCAGGGAAACCAACAUGCUGUUCAGCCAAAAGCUACGGGAGGAGGCGCCUCGUCAUUGACACAGAUCAAUUCAUAAUGUAAUAUACCAAUUGUACUGCCAUACCCAAUAAUGUAAU